CGCUUUAGUCUGUGGCGAUGAACGUUCGUCUGCUUAAAGUUGCCGUACCCGUCUGGUCUGCCUGGACAUUCAGACGAUCAUAAACUCUGUAGAUCAUUUAGUGCUUGGGGGGAAAUUACAUGCUACAGAUCACAGUGAUUAAUUCGAAAGAGGUAUACUUAAAAGUAUUGUCUGCAGCCCACGGAACAUCUCUGUGGUUAACUGGCACCAUAGUUAUCCAACAUGGAAGUGUUCAAUGCAUAUUCAGAGCUCCUUCAUUUUGAGCAGCUGUGGGCAGCAGGUCACGUUGAGUCGGUGUGGUUGUUACUUUUAUAGAACAUAGAACACUACGCCACAGUUCAGGCCCUUUAGCAAACAAUGUUGUGCUGAACUUUAAACCUACUUUAAGAUCAAUAUAACCCUCUCCUCUUACAUAGCCCUCCAUUUUUCUAUCUUCAAGUUUCUUCAAAGAAAUCUUUUGUAGCAUUUUCUGUCUUCUGGAAAUAUGUUCUCAUGGUGGUGUUUGAUAGAGUGCUUGAUACAUGUCACUGGUGACAGGAGCUGGUUCAGUGAAUUCACAGCCACGAUACUGAUGAUGCUGACUGGGAGAGGUUUCCAAACCUGUCAAUAGAUUUAGAGGAUUCUGCAAAGACACUCGGGCUACUUCUUCGAUGAUUUGGAUGUUGCCUGUGCUUCCCAAGAACACAAUUUUAAGGCUAAGGAGAUGGUGCAGGAGGGAGGGCUUCAUGUUUCUGGACAAUUGGGCUUUGUUCCAGGGAAGGUGGGACCUGUUCCGACAGGACAGGUUGCACCUGAACUGGAGGGAGACUAACACCCUUGUGGGUAGUUUCGCUAGUGCUGCUCCGGGGGGUUUAAACUAGAUUUUCAGGGGGAGGGAAACCAGAGUGUUAGAGCAGAUAGUGAGGUGGAGGAGGAUAAAGGUGAAGCAUGUAUAGACAGAAAUCAAAGGUUUGUAUGUGAUAGAAAUGUUCUCAGGUGCAUCUAUUUCAAUGUAAGGUGUAUUGUAGGUGAGGCAGAUGAGCUUGGGGUGUGGAUUGGCACGUGGGAUUACAACAUUAUUGCUAUUAGUGAGACUUGGUUGCAGGAGGGGCAGGACUGGCAGCUUAAUGUUCCAGGGUUCUGUUGUUUCAGACAUGAUGGGGGAGGGAUGAAAGGGGGAGGAUUGGCACUGCUAGUCAGGGAAAAUAUCACAGCUGUGCGUAGACAGGACAGCCCAGAGGGCUUGUCUACAGAGGCCAUAUGGGUGGAGCUGAGGAAUGGGAAAGGUGUGACCACACUAAUAGGUUUGAAAUAUAGACUGCCCAAUAGUCAGAAUUGGAGGAGCAAAUCUGUAGAGAGAUAGCAGACUGAUGUAAGAAACAGAAAGUUGUAAUAGUAGGGGAUUUUAACUUCCCACAUAUUGACUGGGACUCCCACACUGUGAAAGGGCUAGAUGGCUUGGAGUUUGUCAAAUGCGUUCAGGAAACUUUUCUAAAUCAAUAUAUCCAUUUCGAACAAUUUUGACAUCAAUAAACCCGUCUCAGUGCAUAAAACCAAAAUCUCCUCAACCAACAAUGACCCCAGCAAGAAUUGUCCAUCGCACAACAAACCCCACCCCCUCAAAAAAUACAGAAUGUUUAGAAACAGACCCUUUGAUGAAAGAAAGGCCCUUCUCAAGGAAAAAAGAAAAUGUUUUAAGUGCUACUCCUCUACCUCCCACCUCGCUAAAGAGUGUACGUUCCCGUAAAGUGCUUGGAAUGCAACAGCACUAAUCACGACGGGGCCAUGCACCCCGGCCCGUCACCACAAAUUGGCAAGACUUCUUCACCCUCACAAGAGGACGGCAGGGAGGGAGAGGAUCACCCCAGUACAACUGUUGACAGCUCGAGCUGCAAAGAAGUUUGCGGUCCAGGUUAGUCAAGCCAUUCGUGCUCAGAGAUCUGCCUCACUAAGAUGUACACUAAGGGAGCCAAAGACAAGGCCAUCAAAGUCUAUGUAAUUCUGGACGACCAGAGCAGCCACUCACUAGUCAGACCAAGUUGUUCAGCGUAGAGAGUAAUCCAUUCCCAUACUACCUCAGAACUUGCUCUGGCAUCGCAGAAACAUCUGGCAGGAAGGCAGAAGGCUUCCAGCUUGAGUCACUGGAUGGUAAAGUUGUCUCCCUCCACUCUUGGAGUGCAACAAGAUCUUGAAUAACCACACCGAGAUUCUGAUGCCAAGUGCAGUGCUACACCAGCUGCAUCUCCACCAUAUUGCCCAGCACAUCCCAGAACUGGAUCCAAAAGCAGAAAUACUCCUGCUACUUGGAAGAGACAUUCUCCAGGUGCACAAAGUCAGGCAGCAGGUCAAUGGACCACACAACGCCCCCUUCGCCCAACAUCUGGAUCUGGUCUGGGUGGUGAUAGGGGAGGUGUGCCUUGGCAACGUACACAAACCGACAGUUAACACGCUCGACUAACAUGCAAGAGAGUGGCUGCCAUUCAAUUUUUCACCCCUCCACAAGCAUUAUGUGUAUCAAAGAAGCACAACAAAGGCACGAGCAUAGUCAAAUAACUGAGAAGACACUGAGACAGUCAGUCUUCGCCCAAACUGAGCACGACGAUAACCUUGCUCCAACAGUGGAAGGCACUCGGACACACUCACUGGCAGUGUCUUUGCACUGUGAUGAUGACGCUAUCAGUGUCAGUGGGCAAAAUCGAUUGCGCCAGCAGAUUACUGCCGCGUGCAAGCGCGGAAGUGACCCGUAUGUUGUAGGUGGCCCCAUCCCACAACGGAUGUGGAAGUGCAACACGGAGACAAUGGACUGGGAACAAUGCGCAUCAUUGCCGAGAUAUCGGCUUCAGGACACGCUUGUAUCUAUCCCAAGUGAAGAUGCCAUUUAUUCAUUGGGUGGGAAAACCCUUCAGGAUACACCUUCCAGUGCUGUCAUUAUUAUGUGGUCUGUGAUAAUGUGCGGGUUGAAACUAAUCAUCUGGAGACUGCAGUGUCUUGUGCUGCUGGUGUUGACCUUAAUGGAACUAUCUAUCUACUGGGUGGGGAAUAGAGUGACCUGGACUUCUUUACCAAACCAUCUCAUCUCAUUCAGUGUUUUUGACAUGCGUUCCAGGACGUGUCAGUUAAAGUCAUAUCACCUUCCCUUUACAGGCCAUAUACAUGAUGCUAUUCACAAGGACCUGAUUUUUAUAGCAGCUGAGAGAGAUUCUCUGGUAUGUUACAAUCCACUGCUUGACAGCUUCACCAGACUGCGCUUCACAGAGGUUUGGAGUCGUGUGCCCUCCCUGUGGAAGACUGCCAGCUGCAACGGGUGUAUCUAUGUUUUCAGAAAUAAGUGUAAAAAGGGUGAUGCCAAAACAUUAAAAUGGAACCCAGCUGCAUCUGUAGUAUCGGUGAUAAAUGAAAUUGAGAUAUUGGCAACUUCUUUUGGCAUGAUUCUAACCAAGUACAGUAAACUGCAGUUUUUAGGAUUUAAUUUGUUGAGUGCAUGAAGUUAUUUUGUUUUAAACUUCUGCAGAUGACAACAAAAUUUCAGUACUAUGUUUGUUUUCUAUGACAUGAAUUGACCUAAACAAUGUCAAACUAUUGUCAUGUUCUAUUCCAGACUGAGACCAUUUGCAGAGCUAGCUUGACUUCUACCUAAAGACUGAUUUAGAGUUUAAAGUUCUGUACCAUCUUCAUAGUGACCUUACAAAGGUCAGGCGGGGAGUGUG